CAAGAUGGCGGCGGAGACCGAGACGGAAGUGCUGCGGGAGUAUUACGCGAACAGCGACUACUUGAGCUCUCCUGAGGGAAUCAUGAAGCUGAUUGCUAUCCUGGGCUGCUUGUGCUCGGCCGUGCUGUUCCUGGCGGGCGGCGGCUGCGCGGGCGCGGCUGCGCUGGCGGCGGGGGCGGCGAGCCUGGCCUUCCUCGCCGUGGGGCUGCUGGUCGUGCAGCUCACGGCCACGCUGCUCGGGGCGCCGCUGUUCGCGCCGCACGCCUGGCUCUACUGCGACGUGGUGGGCAGCUCGGUCCUCGGCGCGCUGCUGGUGCUCAGCGGCACUCUCAGCCUCACGCUGUGCGAGCUGCGCGGCUUCGUCUCCUACGUGCAUGCUCCACUAGCUGUAUGCAACGCAGCGCUUGUAGUAGGCGGCGCGGUAGCCACGUACGCAGCCGUGACGCGGCGCUGGGACGCCGCGCGCGGGCCCUCGUGGGAGCCGCGCAGGGAGAGACCCACCGGACGUCGAUGUCUAAGGGUGCUCCGCACACGACAAUGGGCUCUCGUGGCCGCCGCAGAACGUCGACGUCUAUGGGAGCCCGACACACAGCACUAG